AUGGUGAACAUCGCCAGAGAGGAUGAUGAGGAUCCGAUCUUCAUUCCGCAAGGUAUCGCCCAGCGUAUCAAAAAGCAUCAAAUUGAGGGAGUCCGCUUCAUGUGGCGAGAGCUUACAGCUGGAGAUGGCAGUGAAGAUGAUCCGAACCAAGGAUGUAUGCUCGCUCACACAAUGGGUCUGGGCAAAACGAUGCAGACAAUUUGUGUUCUGGCAUGUCUGAACUACGCUGCUCUGUCCGACUCACCGCGCAUAAGCAAGCAGAUCCCACGCAGCCUCAAAAUACGUCGGGAAGAACGCCGUCAGCUACGAGUGCUGAUUUUAUGCCCACCUUCGCUUCUUCAGAAUUGGGAACGUGAGAUUCAGCAUUGGGGCCCGGAAACAUUUCGAAGUGCAUGGACUGUUGAAAGUCGGCUUUCGAAGCAUGACAAUCUUCGGAUCAUGGAAGACUGGCACAUACGAGGCGGAAUGCUGCUCGUCGGCUAUCAAAUGUUCACAAAACUGCUUGGGGUUAGCCUGCGCAAAGACGAGGGCGCCCCAAAACGCGGCGCAGCCAAUAUCGAUGCGUUCGAGAAAUUUCUCCUGGAGAGCCCUGAUGUCGUUGUUGCCGACGAAGCCCACAAGCUGAAGAACAAUAAAGCGCUGAUUAGCGUAGCAGCGGCGCGCAUGAAGACACCGACUCGAAUCGCACUGACUGGUACUCCGAUGAGUAAUGAUGUACCGGAGAUUUAUGCCCUGGUCUCUUGGGUAGCUCCAGAUUACCUUGGGAAAUCAGAUGAAUUCGCAGGCUACUUCACUGGCCCGAUCAAAGAUGGAACUUAUCAUGACAGUACCAAGGCUGAAGUUCGAAAGAGCAUGGCACGUCUGGAGGUCUUACGACAGAGGAUUGAGCCAAAGGUCUCCAGAAUGGGUAUCCAAGUGCUGAAAGGCAGUAUACCGCCAAAGGUGGAGUUCGUUAUGACGUUGACUCUUUCCAACGCACAACGCACGGCCUAUGUCAAAUACAUCGACGCAGUUUGGUCGGGAGCAAAGGACAAGGACAUCAAUCAGGUCACGCUAUUCAGCUGGCUUUCCGUCUUGACUUUGCUCACCAAUCAUCCGCGUAUUUUGAAGAACAAAUUGUUUGACGUGAUUGAACAGGCGAAGUCUGUCAAGGCGAAAUUGGCCAAGGAAAAUCCAGCCAGUGAACUGAUCAACGAUGCAACUGAGGCACGGAGCCUUUGUGCUCUGACGCGACAGACCGUAGAACAUAUCACUGCCGGAAUUGACAAUGACCUUGCUCCGGAUCUUUCAGCCAAGAUGAUGUUGUUACUCAAAAUCAUGGAGCUUUCGAAGCAACACGACGAACAAGUUCUCAUAUUCUCCCAGAGUCUCCUUACGCUUGAUUAUGUCUCAGAACUCCUUCGAAUUUCGAACUACACUUCAGGACGAAUCGACGGUAAGGUUGAGAUAGCUCGACGUGAUUCCAUAAUCAAGGAUUUCCAGGAUGGCGGACUCGAUGCUAUGGUCAUCUCUACUCGUGCCGGAGGGGUCGGACUCAAUAUACAGCGUGCAUCGCGUGUUGUGCUUAUGGAUGCGGGUUUCAACCCAAGUCAUGAAGAACAAGCCAUCGGUCGUGCUUAUCGCCUCGGCCAGACUAAACCAGUCUUCGUCUAUCGCAUGGUGAUAGGAGGCACUUUCGAGACGAACAUGUACGACAAGCAAUUAUUCAAGACCACUCUGACCUCACGUAUCGUGGACAAAAGGAAUCCAGUCCGGAACACCAGCCGUCGAGCAAACCAAUGGCUCUAUGCACCCAAAGACGUCGCCCGAGAAGACUUGUCUGCCGAAAUCGGCAAAGACCCGAAAGUCCUUGAUGUGAUACUUGCUGAUGUUACUGAAGGGCCUGGAAGCAUGAUCUGUACUCUCAAGACCAUGGAAACUCUCCAGGAAGAAGCCCAGGACGAACCGUUGACAGAAGCAGAGCGCCUCGAAGCACAAGCAGAAUCCGCACGUUUUUUUGCAGGCCAGCAGUAUCGUGCAGCUGUACCAGCUGUCCCGUUUGCUUCGACACAAGUUCCUCCUUCAUACAAUGUGCGAGCGUUCUCGUCAACACAGCCUGCAAACCCAAGGUCGAUGGCACCCGCCCACAGCUCCAUACACAACCAUGUCACUCACAACCGUACAUCGAGCUCUCCUGCCUCACGUCAUGCAGCAAUACCAGCCGCCCGUCCGCAAGUCUCAGAUCCGCGUCCUUUCCCAUCUAGCCAGCCGCACCCACAACGAAUACUUCGCUUAAAUCUGGCCAAUGUCAAUCGAGGAAGCAAUCCAGGGCCGACGUACGGUGGACCUCCCUCCUCGACAGCCCCAGCACCAGUGCCGACACACGGCCUGCCGUUGGCGCCGCCUUGA